AUGACAACAUGCGGACUUCAUCUGUCGCUCUGCUCCUCGAAACUGUCCAUCUGUCCUCCAGUCUCUCUGACCGUCAGUCCAAACCUUCAGCAAUUCUUCACAGCAGCCUCAGUGUCUCUGACAUGUGAAGGUCAGCUGGGCUCUGAUCAAUGGACGGUGAAGAGGGACACAGGAAGUGGGACUCAGUCAUGUGGAGUGGGUGGGCGGGGCUUCGGGAGGUUAAAUGGUUCAUCCUGUUUCUUUGAUGAGUUCAAGCCAAUCAGUGGAGUCUACUGGUGUGAAGGUGAAGCUGGAGAGAAGAGUGAAGAAGUCAACAUCACUGUAUCAGAUAAAGAAGUGAUCCUGGAGAUCCCUGCACUUCCUGUGAGGACAGGAAGCGAUGUCAUACUAUGCUGUAAGAAGAAAACUGGUGGCACAGUCGCAGCUUAUUUCUACGUUAAUGGACGUCCUGUAAGACCUAAAUCAGAGAAAAACAUCACAAUCAACGUGCAGCAGUCUGAUGAAGGUCUCUACUGGUGUUCUACUGAUGAGUUUGGAUCAUCUCCUCAGAGCUUUCUGAGGGUCAGAGAUGUCUCCCAUCCACCUUCUCCUUCUCUUCCUCCUCCUCGUCUCCAGCCCUUCGUCAUCCCAGUCAUAGCAGCUGUGGUUUUUCUGGUUCUUGUGUCUCUGGUCCUUGUGGUUCUGGUUCUGGUUCGGCUUCUUUGGAAGAAACACACAGUCCACAAUGAGGCUCCUUCAAAUGAGGUCAUCUACUCUGAGGUCACCAGUGGAGAGUCAUCCAAUAAGAUGCCAGUCGUCCAACCAGAAAUGGUUUACUCCACCCUGAGGACAAACACUACAGGAAGCUGAGGACAGACCUGCAGAGCUCCUGUGGACACGUUUCACUGUGUCGGUCUCACCG